ACGUCGGAGGCCGAGCCAGGGCACCCGCGGGCGGUCGUGUGGGACUCGGGCUCGCGCGGAUACGGUGCGGGCGGCGAUGCGGAGCCUCUCCCGGCAGGGCCAGCAGUACCGGGCGGGCGCCUAGGCCGGGGCGGCGAGGGGCGGAGGGCGCUUCCUCCACAUGGCGGCUCCAGCUGCGCUCUGAGCGGAGAAGCCGAGGGCAGGAGAGGCGGCCAUGGCGGGCUCGUCGGGCUCUUCGGCGCCCGGCCCCGUGUGGUGCUGCCUGCGCUGGGCCUGCUGCGGAGACGCCGGCGGAGGACACAUUGCCCUCAAGGAGAUGCCGCUCGUUCAGCUGGACACGCACAGGAUGGGAACAGAUGUUGUCAUUGUCAAAAAUGGACGACGAGUAUGUGGUACGGGAGGCUGCCUAGCCAAUGCCCCUUUGCAUCAGAACAAGAGCUAUUUUGAGUUUAAAAUCCAAUCUACAGGAAUCUGGGGUAUUGGUGUUGCGACUCAGAAAGUCAAUUUGAAUCAAAUUCCUCUUGGGUGUGAUGUGAAUAGUCUAGUACUGAGAAAUGAUGGAGCCCUGUACUACAAUAAUGAUGAGAAGAACAGGUUGCCAGCAAACAACCUUCCACAAGAGGGUGAUAUUGUGGGAAUUACAUAUGACCAUGUAGAACUAAAUGUUUAUUUGAAUGGGAAAAAUAUGCACUGUCCAGCCUCAGGAAUUAGAGGAACUGUCUUCCCUGUGGUAUAUGUGGAUGACAGUGCCAUUUUGGAUUGUCAGUUCAGUGAAUUUUAUCACACUCCUCCAGCAGGGUUUGAAAAGAUACUCUUUGAGCAACAGAUUUUCUGAAUGUUCCUACUGAGGAUUUACUCCCUAGCACUUUCUACAAAACCUAUUCUUUCAAAGCUUCACAUUAUUCCUAGGACACAAACUUGUAUUUAGUAAUGUUUAGGUGCUUGGGGUGGACAACUGUAUUACCAGGGAAGUAUGUUGCAAGUGUUAGAUUUGACUAUGGUUUUGUAACAUGGACAAUAUUUCCAUUUGAUGUAAAGGGAUGCAGUCCACUACACUGUGAUCCCUGCAUACCCAUGGUGACACUGUGCAAUACAUUAGUGUUCUAUGCUGUUAUGUUCUUAACAAGUCUGAGAAACCACACAACAAUUUAUGAAUUUAAAUAUUGUCCACAGCAGCUCACUAUUUCACUACUGUCAGGUGUUUUAUCUUAUUUUCUAACGGGAUUUUAAUAACAUGUUUAGUUCUGAGUGUUCUUGUGUUAAAAAAAUUAGGGCAAAAUGCCAACUAUAAUAAGCGAAGCCAACCUCUCCCUUAAAGUCUGCUUACUGGAACAAGCAACAGUGGUGAAUAAAUUAUUUGAUUUAUAAAUUGUUUCUUUGGAACUCUUUAAUUAUUUGGGGAGGUAUUUCAUUUACUUUCCCCCAGAAAAUAAUAAAAAAAAUAGGUUGCUUUUUCUUCUGUUUUUGUGAAUGUUUUAGGUUGAUUUUCUGUGUACUCAGAAUAUCAAGAAUUUUGUAAAGCUAAUACCUGUACUAUAAAUCCAGCAAUCUGAAGCAUGUUGUACAUGGACUGCUACAUUAAACUAAAUACUUUUUA